GGUCUUAAUUGUUUGUUUCCUAGUUCAGAAUGAAGUCAGUCCAGUUGUGCUUCCUUUUCUGUUUCUGGAAAGCAAUCUGCUGCAACAGCUGUGAGCUGACCAACAUCACCAUCACAGUGGAAAGAGAAGAAUGUCGCUUCUGCAUCAGCAUCAACACCACUUGGUGUGCGGGCUACUGCUAUACCCGGGAUCUGGUGUACAAGGAUCCAGCCAGGCCCAAUAUCCAAAAAACAUGUACCUUCAAAGAGCUGGUAUAUGAGACUGUCAAAGUGCCUGGCUGCGCUCACCAUGCAAACUCCCUGUAUGCAUACCCAGUGGCCACCGAAUGUCACUGUGGCAAGUGUGACAGCGACAACACUGACUGCACAGUGCGAGGCCUGGGUCCCAGCUACUGCUCCUUCAGUGAAAUGAAAGAAUAAGGAGCUGUGGAUACUUUAGACUGCCUGCCCUUGUCCUGAAGGACCAAGAUAUCCAAAUGUUGUGUGUGUACAACAUGCCCAGG